GCUGCUUUCAAUUCGGAAUUCAGUUCAGGGUGCGGCGUAUAUCUGCGCAGGCUGCGUCCUCCCUCCCACCACUACUACUAAGGCUUCUAUGACUAUAUCGCGGUCUGUGUCUGCGGCGCUGGGGUUGAGGGUACAUGCGAAGCCGCUUACGCGCGCCUUCCCGUCUCGCCCGGUUGAUGGCUUCGUCGGUGCUAUAGGAAAUACUCCUCUGAUCCGCUUGGAGAAGCUUUCGCGGCAGACCGGAUGCAACAUUAUCGCGAAGAGCGAGCUGCAGAAUCCUGGCGGGAGCGUGAAGGAUCGUGCAGCCCUGGGAGUCAUUCAGAAUGCCGAGGCGCAGGGUCUGUUGAAGCCUGGAGGGACUGUUGUGGAGGGUACUGCAGGGAACACUGGUAUCGGUCUCGCGCAUGUAUGCAGAGCACGGGGAUACCACUGUGUGAUCUUCAUGCCCAACACUCAGAGUCAAGAAAAGAUCGACCUCCUCCGCAUGCUGGGCGCGGAGGUCUUCCCCGUACCCGCAGUCGCGUACGAAGACCCAAAGAACUACAAUCACCAGGCGCGGGACUACGCCGAGACCCUGCACAACGCGAUUUGGACGGACCAGUUCGACAACACCGCCAACGCCGAGGCACACUACCACUCUACGGGCCCCGAGAUCUGGGAACAGACGCAGGGCGAUGUUGACGCGUUCGUGUGCGCGACUGGGACGGGGGGCACGCUCGCAGGCGUCGGGCGCGCGCUGAAGGAGAAGAGCGACGGAAGGACACAGAUUUGGCUUGCGGACCCCCCAGGAAGCGUGUUGCACAGUUAUGUGACGAGCGGGGGGAAGCUGAAGGAGCGGAGCGGGGGCUCGAUUACUGAGGGUAUCGGACAGGGACGCAUCACGAACAACCUGGGCACAUUUGUGAAGCAGCUGGAUGGCGCCCUGCACAUACCGGACGAGAAGAGCAUCGCGAUGUUGUAUGACCUCUUGGAUACGGAGGGCUUGUAUCUCGGCGCGAGUUCAGCGUUGAACGUGGUUGCCGCGGUAGAGUUGGCGCAGAAGCUUGGUCCCGGCAAAACUAUCGCUACCAUCCUCUGUGACGGUGCCUACCGCUAUCAGAGCCGAUUGUUCUCGAAGGCAUGGUUGAGGGCUAAGGGCCUUGAGGACGCUAUCCCCGAGCACUUGAAGAAAUAUGCUGUAUUAGACUAGAAUGAUGCGAUUCUUGUUGAGGCUAUUUCAUUGCCCUCAUUGGUAGCUAAUAUUGAAGAUAUUAUUAAGCAAGUACAUGUGAUGAUAUGAGCACCAGUCACA